AUGCACGAGCCUCCUCCGGCGGACGACGUGCCGCCGUCGUACGAGUCCGUUCUUGCCGAUACGUUUGGCGAUGACUCCGUGCACCAUGCUGCGCCUAUGCCCUCUACGAGUGCGCCGUUGCAUACGCCUCCGCUGCCGCCCCGUGUCUCAUCGCAUCGUGAGCCUUUAGGGCCGUUGCCUACGCACGAGCCACGGCCUGGCCACCCCCUUUUGCAUCACAAUAAAAUGCUUGUAUACCCCCGAUACUGGACGCGAUGUGAGCGGUGCUUGAAUACCGGCUACAAGCACCAACAUCCGUCGUCGCCCUGCUCACGAUGUUGGCGCAAGUAUGGCCGUGAAUAUGCCGGCGUCCUACGCCAAGCGUACGAACAAACUGGAUCGUACUCACUGUUGCAAGGCGUGACAUUGCAGGCACCGCUGCCUUCGGCCACAUCGGCUGUGCCGUACACCGUCGCGACCUCCGCUUCAGCGCCGUACCAACAGCCCCACGUGCCCAACCGCCUCACGGACGAAGCGGUCUGCGACGAGGAUCGGUACAGCGCAGCGCCGCCACGGUACGAUUGGGCAUCGCAUGCGGAAAGUGACCAAGCUCUCCCGCAGCAAGACUAUCCCACGUACACGCCUCCUGCGCCUCAUCCCAUGUACCCUCCGAUGCCUAUGCCUAUGCCUGCGCCUAUGCCUGCGCCUAUGCCUAUGCCAAUGCCGCCUCGCAUGGGGCCUACCAUCGACUGGACUGGCUACGGCGCGCCACCCGGCGCGGUGAUUGUCCAGCCGGGCGAUCCACGGAUUGGCGGCGUGCUAUGCCCUACCUGUGGCGGCUCCGGCGAGCAUGUCGACCUGUUCUCGCUGUUUGAUGGCAACGAUGAAUGCGAUACGUGUGGCGGAGCUGGGCGUGUGCCGGGCUAA